AUGAUCAAAAUUUGUGGUUAUUGUAUGUCUAAUUUGCAAAAAUUGAAAAAGUAUGCACCUCCUAAAAAAUUAGAUGUAAAAACACUAAGACCCUAUUAACAUCCAUCUAAUCCAUUAUCUAAAAAAAUUGAUAUUUUAUCUCCUACAAAACCAGAGAGAUUUCUAUUAGAAGAUUAUGAAACACCAGCUACUCUAUAUACUAUAAAUGAAUAAGCAAUUAAAACUACUGAAUUGGGAACAAAAGUCUCAAAUAAAAUAUUAUUGAAACCAUUAGCAUAAAAACCAUCUGUUUCAAUUUAAGAAUAGAAAUUUUUAUCUGUUUCGAUUAUUGGACCUCCUAAUUCAGGCAAAUCUACAUUUAUGAAUUAAAUGAUAGGUGAACCUAUAAGUGCAGUAUCAAACAAGAGUAAUACAACAGUCUCAGAAAUUAGAGGAGUACAUACAGAUGUUAAAAGUGGUGUUUAAAUAGAGCUUGUAGAUACUCCAGGAGUUACUAAGAGAUAUAAAUUUUCAAAGCAUUUUGUAACUAAAGCUUGGGAUGUCAUUGAAGACACUAAUAUGGUGAUUAUUUUAAUUGAUGCAAUUAAAACAUUAGAUAUUAGUAUGAAGAAUGUCAUGUCAAGAUUAAAUAAAGUUAAAGUAGAUUAAGAAUAAUUAAGAAGUUAUUUUAGAAAUGAAGAUGAUUUUAGAGUGUCAGAAGAUAAACCUAUUCCAAAAAUUCUUGUUUUCAAUAAAAUGGAUUUAUGUUUUAAUAAGAAAAAAUUAAAGUGGUUAUAAACAGAAAUGGAAGAUUUAGGAAAAUAUGAUUAAACAUUUUAUAUAUCUUCUAUAACAGGAUAUGGAAUGGAAGAAUUGAAAUAAUAUUUAUAUUCUCAAAGUUUUUAAUGUAGAUGGAAAUAUAAUGAAAAUUAGAAACAUCUAUUUACACCAAUGGAUUAAUUAGAAUAAAUAGUUAGAUAAGCUAUAUUUAAAAGAUUUUAUAAUGAAAUUCCAUUCAUUAUUGGUAUUUAUGUGAAAGAAUUUAGAGUAACAAGUAAAGAAUCUGCUAAGAUUGAAAUUUAAAUUAAUGUUUAAACAUCAUCAUAAGCAAGGAUUGUUAUUGGAGAAGAAGGUAGAGCUAUAAAGUAAGUGAAAAAUGAAAUAGAAAUAGUAAUGGCAGAAAUUUAUAAGAGAUUAUUUUAAGUCAAAUUAUAAGUAACAAUUAAGUAAGGAGAUAAAUAAAUAGAAUUUGAUGCAGAAAAAGAGGAUAGAACUGAACAUGCUUAAUUAGAUGAAACUUUAUAUAGAAAAGAGGAAAGAGAGAGAAAAUAACUAUUAAAUGUUAAGUUUUCAAAGUUUUUAUAAGAUUGA